AUGGAGAAAGGGAUCUCAAUGCUAGGGGGAAAUAUGGGGAAACCUAUGAUCGGCGUCAUUGGCUCCUCCGUAUUUAAGCAAAUUGGUGGGCAAGGAGGCGAUGGAGCUAGCUUUGCCAGUGUAGGGAGGCUAGACAACACCCAUGGGACAGCUAACAAUGGUGCAUUUAGCGAUGUCACAAGAGGCAGCGAAGGGGGGCGAAGCAUAAAAGGGCAUCGAAGGCGGCACCCAAGAGGUGAUGUUAACGAGUUGGGCGACUCCUCAAAUGGCUUUGGUGACGCCGCUGGCUUGACGGGCGACGCCCCUGACUCGGUUGACUUGGGCGGCGCCCCUAGCAUGCCACACGUUAUCGACUACUGGCUGGGUGUAGGCGUUACUGGCAAAGAAACUGCAAGUGGCGACACCUUCAACAACAUAGGAGCAAGCUUGACAGCCUGGGCCCUGGCUGGCCUUAGCGACACCAAUAGGAGGCAACAUCAAGGCCGAUUGGGUGAUGCCCUUAGAGCAGGAGGUGAUGCCAAGGAUGUUAUAUGGUCUGGGCGACAUCAUGGAGGACUCAGGCAAAGUUAG